AUGGAAAACAACAAAGAAAGUGCAACUCCUAUGGGCUCCAGAACCUAUGUUGAUAAAGAUGAAUCUGAUAUUUCAAUAGAUAUAUCAAAAUAUCGAGGUAUGAUUGGGUCUCUUUUAUAUCUAACGACCAGCCGACCAUAUAUUAUGUUUAGUGUCUGCUUCUGUGCAAGAUUUCAGACAGAUCCUAAAGAAUUGUAUCUCGUAGAAGUGAAGAGAAUUAUGAAAUAUUUGAAAGAAACAACCAAUUUUGGCUUAUGGUAUCCAAAGAUUAGCAUAUCCAGUCUAGUUGGAUAUUCUGAUUAUGACUAUGCAGGAUGUAAAACAGAUUGGAAAAUCACAAGUGGCACUUGCGAUAUCUUAGGUAAUGCAUUAGUAUCAUGGUCCUGUAAAAAGCAAGCUUGUGUGGCACUAACUACUGUUGAAGCCGAGUACAUAGCAGCAGGAAGUUGCUGCACACACAGAUUAUAUGGUUCAAGCAACAAUUAUAUGACUAUGGACUUAAUCUCGGAUGCAUCCCACUAA